AUGAGUCUCAACGUAGAACAGAAUCAACAGGAACAGUACAAUUGCGAAAAAUGCGGUUUGAAAUUUCAAACCGACGCUGACCUCGCAAAUCACUGGAAGCUUUCUUCAAUACAUGAAGAUAUAACGACCAUGCAGCCCGAACCAUCGUGCGCAGCACUGGAUCACGAGGAGCCUAAUACAGAGCCAGCCACUAUUCCAUCUUCUCCGGAAUCAAUAACCGGCUCGGAAUCACGGCUACCUGUCCAUUAUCUGGACGAACUUAUCUUCGUGGCAGAAUGGAAUGAAGAAUUCUUUCGGAAGGAAUUCCCAGGUGUUUACGCGACAGGUAAUUAUUGUAUUCCAGACCCACCAAAGAUUCCCAAAGAAUGCUGGAUAUCUCUCAUACAAUGUCCGGAUUCUAGUCAGAACGACCACGAAUUAGUCGUCGACUCUUCAGAUGAUACUCCUGCCUCGGUCACCGGUGUCGAUGAUGGUCCUUCAAUGACGGAUUGA